UAAAGCUGGAGGUGAGAAGGAUACGCUUGCCACGGUUCCAGAGCGAGCGCGUCAUGUUCCAGAGAUGAAGGUGACGAUGCGCGAGGCGUGGGGAGGCUAGAUAGUGCCUCGAGCAUUCGCAGGUGCCGGAGCUGGAGCGGAGAGGAUGGCCGAAAUUCGGAGUGUCGCAGGCGCAGGCGCAGGCGCGGGCGCGGGCACAUGCUCCGCGGCCAAGAUCGUUGCCGGUCGCUUCGAUCGGAGGGUUCCAAGAUUCAGUGCGGGCGUUUCGUUCUCUCGCGGUUUGUCCAAGAUCGCGCGGAGCAGGGCAGAAUUGUCGCCCAGAAGCUUGGAUUGUCGAGCGAGCUUCAGCUGCGGCGGAGUUUCGAGGAGCUCAUUGAAGCACGCGGGAACCGGUUUGUGGAGCGUGUCCUCGGCCAGCAAAUCGACGAGCACGGCAAUCGGCUUGGGAGAUUAUGAAUCGAGCUCUCGAGUCAGAGUCGAGCUGCUUCGAGUGUCUUGUGUUCUCUCUGAUGAAACCAGCAGCAGUGCUGUGGGGAAUCGUCGUCGCGAGCGAGGACCGAAAAUUGUGAAUAAAAGCGAUGGAAUUCUUGAAUUGGAUAAGGACAGACGUGUAAAUAGGCUCGAUACUUUGGACGUGGAUGAAAUUGAGACUGAGUACAGCGACGAAAUUGAAGGGUGGACGGAUUCUGACGAUGGGGAAAUCUCGGAAUUCGAAGGUGAUGAGGAAGAAUGGUGGGAUAAGGAGGUACUUGAGGAGGAGGAGGAAGAUGGAUUGCAGACACCAUCGACGGCUAUUGUUGGAACAACGGAAGCUGUGGAAGAGGACGUCGCCAGGUUUAAGCUUCGAAAUGGACGCGAGGUAUAUGGAGAGAGGACGUACCUGGUGGGCAUCGAUCGCAAAGGAGCAGGACAACGCUCUGCUUUUGGUAUCAAGGACUCGCUGGCGGAGCUUGCACAGCUAGCAGACACUGCUGGACUUUCAGUUGUUGGGUCCACCUACCAAAAGUUGGACAUCACAAAUCCGAGGACUUACAUAGGAAUGGGCAAAGUAGCCGAAAUACAGGCGGCUGUUCGCGCAUUCAAGGUUGAGACGAUAAUUUUUGAUGACGAACUUUCACCUGGGCAAUUGCGAAAUCUUGAGAAAGCUUUCGAGGGUGACGUUCGGGUAUGUGAUAGGACCGCCUUAAUUCUUGACAUAUUCCAGCAACGAGCAGCAACCCGCGAAGCAGCUCUGCAGGUAGAGUUGGCACAGUGUGAGUACCAGCUGCCACGCCUGACGAGGAUGUGGACCCAUCUUGAGCGUCAAGCCGGAGGUAUGGUGAAGGGAAUGGGAGAGAAGCAGAUAGAGGUCGACAAGCGUAUAUUGCGUUCGAAAAUCAGCGGGUUGAAGCGACAACUUGAUUCAGUUCGCGACCAUAGACAACAGUAUAGGGAUCGUCGAGCAGCUGUGCCUAUACCAGUCGUAUCUUUGGUUGGAUACACCAAUGCCGGAAAGAGUACUUUUUUGAACAGGUUGAGUGGUGCGGAUGUGCUGGCUGAGGAUCGACUGUUUGCUACACUUGAUCCUACUACUAGGCGUGUGCAGUUACCGAGCGGGAAGGAAUGUCUCUUCACUGACACUGUCGGCUUUAUUCAGAAACUCCCUACACAGCUGGUGGCAGCGUUUCGCGCUACGCUCGAGGAAAUCACUGAUUCGACAAUUCUAGUGCAUAUGGUGGACAUCAGUCAUCCAAUGGCGGAGCUGCAGAUGGAAGCUGUAGACAAUGUGCUGGAUGAGUUAGAUGUUAACCAUAUCCCUUUUCUUACCGUAUGGAACAAGAUCGACAGGGCGAAGAAUGCUUCGGAAUUAAGGGCAGAAGCUGCUGAACGAGAUGACAUCAUAUGCCUCUCAGCUCUAACAGGAGAGGGUGUUGAUAGCUUCUAUGAUGCCGUCGAGAGAAAUAUUAAGGAUCUUCUGGUAUGGGUAGAGGCAGUAGUACCUUAUGAUCAAGGGGAUCUCAUCAGCCUCAUCCAUCGCCUGGGUAUCGUCGACACAGAGGAAUACACCGAGCAGGGAACGCUUAUAAGGGCACAUGUGCCUCUGGCUCUUUCAAGGAAAAUGCUUCAUCUGAGGCAAGCAAUGACGUGAGACUUUCUGGAAUAGGCCAGACGACAUCUAUGCACAACGAUGUUCAUUGUAACUGUUCAGGAGUUUUUGAACAAAAUAAUUUUCAACGAAUAACAUUUGUUGAUAUGAG